GCGUCAGAGGGAGGCGGGCGCCCGCGGGGACUGCGACGCUGCGGCCGCCGCGCUCUCCACUCGCCGCCGCCGGAGAGGCCGGUGACCUCUUGGCCGCCCCGCCUCAGAGGCUCAGAUGGCUCAGGCGAAGAUCAACGCGAAAGCGAACGAGGGCCGCUUCUGCCGCUCCUCCUCCAUGGCCGACCGCUCCAGCCGCCUGCUGGAGAGCCUGGACCAGCUGGAGCUCAGGGUGGAAGCUUUAAGAGAAGCGGCAACUGCCAUUGAGCAAGAGAGAGAAAUCCUCCUGGAAAUGAUCCACAGUAUCCAGAACAGCCAGGACAUGAGGCAGAUCAGCGAUGGAGAAAGAGAAGAAUUAAAUCUGACCGCAAACCGUCUGAUGGGACGAACCCUCACUGUUGAAGUUUCCGUGGAAACCAUUAGAAACCCUCAGCAGCAGGAAUCCCUGAAGCACGCCACCAGGAUUAUCGAUGAGGUGGUCAGUAAGUUUCUGAAUGAUUUGGGAAAUGCCAAGAGUCACUUGAUGUCGCUGUACAGUGCGUGUUCGUCUGAGGUGCCGCCUGGGCCAGUUGAUCAGAAGUUUCAAUCCAUAGUCAUUGGCUGUGCACUUGAAGAUCAGAAGAAAAUUAAGAGACGCUUGGAGACUCUGCUUAGAAAUAUUGAAAGCUCCGACAAGGCCAUCAAGCUGCUAGAGCAUUCUAAAGGAGCGGGCUCCAUAGCUCUGCAACAGAAUGCUGACAGCAGAUUUAAUUAGUUCCCAAACCGGAGAGCAAUGAUGUGAAAAUGAUGACAUGCUAUCUUAACUGAUAACUAGUUCUUUUUGUUAGGCAUAACCACUCAUUUGAUAAAGAAAAUGAAAAUAUUCCAGUGUCAUCAGUUUUAUGAAUAACAAUUAAAAGUAGAAAUAUUUUAAUUAUCUUCCUGUAAGUUUUUAGAUUGAAUUGUCUUCUAGGAACUAGCACCCAAUAUAUAUAUAUGUAUUUUUUACUGUUCUGUGGAUGAAUGCUUCGUAUGUGGGGGCAGUACGUGGCCAGCUAAGGGUAAAAGAAUCACUGUUCUUGCCGUGGCUUUGUCUGGUGUGGAGACACACGGGCAUGUGGGGCAUUUGGUUGACUAGAAAGCUUUAUCAGCAGCACACGCACAUUUAGUGUUAGCCAAGCAGUGUGAUUGCAGGGAUAAAAGGAAUCACACAGUAAGAACCUUUCCCUACAUUCUCUCAUUCAGUAGUUUUUUUAGACAUGCAUGUCAAAUUACUUUGAACUUAAAGAUUUACACAUCUCAAAAUAGGAAUAUAUUUCUUGAUAUACAUGAAAAUAUGGCAAAUGAGAAAAUUCACAUCUGAUUUUACCACUGUGAACAAUUAUAUAUUCACUUCAUCUUUUCCACAUGCAUCAUUUCUCUAAAUGUUAAUUACUAUGUAAAUACAAUGUUGUAACUUGCUUUUAAAAAUAAUUAAAUGCUGCUAUAAAGUCCACUUCAGUUGUCAGCUUAAAAACCUGACUUACUCAGUCCCCUUACUAGACACUUGUUUCCAGUUGGUUGCCAUUAUUGCAUGGAGCUUUUCCAUUCUUUUUGGUUUUUAUUUAUUUUUUCUUUUAUUUUGUUUUGUUUUUAUCAAUUCCCAGCAGUGAGUCAAAGGUUAUAUACAUUUUCAUGGCCUGACAUAAUUCUAGUUGUUUUUCUUUGUCUAAGAGUUAUCAAUUUAUACUGUCUUCAUAAUUAAAAUGUAGCUAUUUCACUGAGCUUUCCAGCAUUAAGCAUUUUUUUCUAACAUUAGAUAUGCAACAUCUUUAG